GUUUUAUAUUAAUCACAAUUAAUUCGCUGCGACAUCUGACACGAUGGACGCAAUUUUCGUAGCUGUUUUGGGGUCUUUCUUAAUUGUAGGGGAUUUUGCAACAUCUGUGACGGCCCAAGUAGAUGAUAAGUGUACGAAGUCGGACACACAAAAACAGUUUAAAGCGAUGUCUGAUCAUAUUAGAAAAUCAUUUGGUGCGCUUGAUACAAUUAAGAAGGGAAUUGAGUCUUUAAUCAGCAGUCAAACAAACAUGAAGAGUAUGAUUCAAUGUAUCGAAGCAACAAUGAGAGAACCAACCAAAAGUAUUAAAAUGGCUUGUAUCCAAACUGGAAAAUGGAAAGAGAGACGGUUAAAUUGCACGAGAAAUAAAAACAAAUGCGUCGAUCUGGCUGUACCUAAAAACGCCAGGGUGGUAGCUGGUCGCCUGUCAGACAACAGAGUAGGGGAUUCCAUGGUCUUCGAAUGUGAGGAAAGUUACACAGCAUUUGGCAGUAAGACAGUCAGAUGUCUGAAAGGUGGCAGAUGGAGUGAUCCACCAGUACAAUGCAAAGCCAGUGGCCAAUGCCCUGACAUUUUCCCAGGUGAUACCCCAGGUUUAAUAUUACUAACGGGCAAGCCAAGUAAUAAUGUACAGAAUGACCUAGUUGCUUUUACGUGUGAACCUGGUUUAGUCCUGAUGGGACAACCUCGGAUCACGUGUAUGUCCAAAGCUGUAUGGACACAGAACACGCCGAAAUGCAUAAAAAUGAGUUUAACAGAGUGUCCGGCUUUGAGUGUUCCUGAAAAUGGCUACAUCACAAACGGCAAACUGUCAAGCAACACAAUUGGUGAUUCAGUAACGUUUGCGUGUGAUCCGGGGUAUACACUCGAUGGAACUCCGACAUUGACAUGUUUUAAACGAAGUACUCUUGCCCCUCCUUGGCUUCCUUGGAAUGAUACUGAUGGAUUGGUAUGGGAUAUGACCAUGCCUGUUUGUAGAUUGUCAAAUACAGGGGACUGCCCGGACCUUGUUUUGCCAAAAUAUGGAAGGUUGGUUGGCAGUGGACGUCUCACCGGAAACAACGUGGGUGAUCGAAUUGUUGGUGCAUGCAUGAAGCAAUAUGUAAGAGAAGGGAAACGAGUACUCGAAUGCCUGCCAGAUGGAAAUUGGAACACAGAUAUGUUCAAGUGCUCUGAAGUUAAUGUUACGUGUUCUACCAUUAAUCUGGAUACGAACAGCAAAUUGGUCGUCCUUCGCGGACAACUAUCUGGUAAUAAAAAAGCUGAUAACAUUAUCUUUGGCUGUCAGUCAGGCUACGCUAUUCUUGACAAAUAUUGGAUGGUCUGUCAAGAGACUGGCAAAUGGGCUCAGCCACUUCCUGAUUGCAAAGAAACUGGCUGUUCGUCUUCAGAGACUGUUCUGGAACAUGGUAGAGUGGAAGGUAUUAUUGAAUCUGGUAGAUAUUCUGAUGGGGCAAAAGUAAGUUACGAAUGUGAUACAUGUUAUCAACUAAUUGGAGCGGCCAGUCGAACCUGUCUGACAGGGUUAUGGUCCCCAUUACACCCUCCUAGCUGCAUUCUUCGCACGUGCACCGGAAUCAGAUCCCUUCAACAUGGGUCAAUAUUUCCAAAUAAAGAGACGGUCGCAUGCGGAACAUCAGUCACUAUACAGUGUAACAGGGGAUUUGUCAUAAAAGGAGAAAACAGACGAUCAAAAGAGAUACACUGCGAGACUAGUGGAUGGAAUCCUAGAGAUAUACCUAUAUGCAUUCCUGGCCGUAGCCAGACAUGAACCAGGCGAGGCGCAAACAAUUUUCAGAAAAUAUCACAUACAAAAUAAAUGAGCGUAGCAGCUAGGCAAGAGGAAAAAACAUAAUUUAGGAAAUCUCAUGUUUGAAUAAUAGAAAAUGAAAUUAAAUCAAAUUGCCUUGAUUUAUAUGAAAAUAGAUCCAAUAAAGUCAAUGAACAAUGUAAGAUUUAUGUGUUUUCUUUAAAU